UUUCUGUGAUACCAGCAUGAACUGCAGCCAGGGGGAUAUUUUAUGCGACAGAGUGAUAGUAAAAUCAUCACCAGUUCACCUUUUUCUUUCUUCAGUGCCGUCAAGAUUAGAUUUUCUUUUCUUGGAUAGAUGCAUUUUGCAAAACUCAAAAAGAUCAAAUCUUUAUACAUUUCGACUAUCAAUUAAAAAACUAUGACCUCCAUUCUUUUUCUUCCUCCAUCAUCAAGCUCCUCCACUUUUCUUCACAAUUGUAGCUCAAUUCCACCCAAAUUUAGCUUCUCUAGUGGCUUUAAUCACAGCAAAAAAGAUGAUAAAACAAGGGCUAAAGCUUCUGAUUCUGAUGAUUCUUUUUCAGCACAGCCCAAUUUGAGUACUAGAUUGCCUACACCUCCAUGGAUGAAGAGAGGCCCUGUUCUUGGUGAUGAUAUAGAACCCUCAAAAUUAAGAAAAGAUAGGAACUUUAGCAAUGAUAGAGGUGAAGAAAAUGAGGGUGGGCAGUCAUUGACUAAAAGGGUUAAGGGUGGGAGAGGAAAGAAAGCAAUGGGCAAGAUUUUUCGGAGUAUCGGAAAGCUUCAAGAAACUUGUUUGGAAGAAAGUGAAGAAUUUAGGAAAAGCCCAGAUCAAAUUAAGUUGGAUUUUUUGAUGGGAGGGGUUGAGGAGGAUGAGUUUUCUGGUUUCGGAGAGCAAAUGCCUUGGGAAAGAGAUGAGAGAGUGUUUUUUAGGAGGAUGAAGAAAGAGAAAGUGGUGACUGCUGCUGAAUUGAGUCUCGAUAGUGGGUUACUUGAGAGGUUGAGAGGCGAGGCUGCAAAGAUGAAAAAGUGGGUCAAGGUGAAGAAAGCUGGGGUGACUUGGGAUAUUGUUAGUCAGAUUCGAUUUCUUUGGAAGAAUAAUGAGCUUGCCAUGCUUAAAUUUGAUAUUCCCUUGUGUCGGAAUAUGGACAGAGCUCGAGAGAUUGUAGAGUUGAAGACUGGAGGUUUAGUUGUGUGGAGUAAGAAAGAUGCACUCGUUGUCUACAGAGGAUACAUAUAUCAAUAUCCAAAACCUUUUAUCAGGAAGAAUGACAACUUAGGGAAAAAUGAUACUGAAGAGGAGAUCAUACCAAUAGAAGGAUCACUGUAUGAAAGGGAAGCAAAUAGAUUAUUGGAUGGCUUGGGACCUCGUUUCAUUGAUUGGUGGAGACCAAAACCUUUGCCAGUGGAUGCAGACUUGCUUGCAGAAGUGGUUCCAGGAUUUAGACCACCAUUCAGACUUUGCCCACCAAAAACUAGAUCAAAACUGACUGAUGAUGAACUUACUUACUUGAGGAAACUUUCUCGCCCUUUACCCACACAUUUUGUUUUAGGAAGAAACAGAAAUCUCCAAGGCUUGGCUGCAGCCAUUUUGAAACUGUGGGAGAAAUGUCAUAUUGCGAAGAUCGCUGUGAAGUUGGGAGCUCUUAAUACAAACAAUGCUGAAAUGGCAGAUGAGCUCAAGUGUCUGACAGGAGGAGUUCUGUUAUUGCGUAAUAAAUUCAUUAUAAUAAUUUACAGAGGCAAGGACUUUCUUCCUUGCAGAGUUGCGAACCUUGUGGUAGAGAGAGAAAUAGAGCUUAGAAGCUGCCAACUUCAAGAAGAAGCUGCACGCGCUGAAGCAAUUGGAAACAUUUGUUUGACUGUUGAGCCAUCAAAUUAUGACAGCACUGUUGGAACCCUGUCAGAGUUCCAGGAUAUUCGGUCAAACCGUGGGGACCUGGAAGGUGAAGACAUGAAGGUGAAUGUUCAAUUUGAAGCUGAAAAGAGAAAGCUAAAAAAGGAAUUGAGAGAGCAAAAACACAAACUCUCAAAGCUUAAAUUGAAGAUAGGGAGGUCAAGUAAAAAUCUACGGCAAAUAAAUUCGGCAUGGAGACCUGCUGAACUGGAUGCUGACCAAGAAAUAGUAACCCCAGAAGAGAGAGAAUGUUUAAGGAAGAUAGGUCUGAAGAUGGAUAGCACUCUGGUUCUUGGAAGGCGAGGGGUGUUUGAUGGUGUCAUAGAAGGAUUGCAUCAGCACUGGAAGCACAGAGAACUAGUGAAGGUGAUUACAAAGCAGAAAGUGUUCUCCCAUAUUGUAAAUACAGCAAGACUUCUUCAGAGACAAAGUGGUGGAAUACUUAUUUCAGUAGAGGAGCUGAAAGAAGGCCACGCUAUAAUUUUGUAUCGUGGGAAAAACUAUAAACGCCCUUUAAAGUUGGUAUCGGAGAAUCUUUUAAGUAAAAGAGAAGCACUAGAAAGGUCACUUGAAAUGCAGAGAGUUGGAUCCUUGAAGUUCUUUGCAAAUCAAAGAGAGAAGGCAAUUUCAGAUUUGAGAAGAGAACUAUCUGUUAAUAUGCAGGCUGAAGUGCCAGAGAAAAUAGGAUUUCAAAGAGAACCUGAAGAGUAAAGACCUUGUAAGUUGUAAAGUUGUAAAGCCUUAUGUACAGAUAUGUUAUGUAAAUACUGUUCUUGAAUACAAAACCGCUUCCUCCAGAAGUAAUACCCAUAUAAACUAGAAUCGAUCACACAUACAGCAAGCAGUCUUGUUGUGUGAAUGCUGUCAGGCUUUGAGAAGUCGAAUAGGACUCCUCUGAUUGCGGAACUUGUAAGAAUCAUUUAAAGAAACUAAUCCUGCAUUUGUCUCUACAUCUUUGUAUAUCUCAAGAACAGACACCAAAUUGAAUUCUAGCCAACAUUGUUGUU